UGUCUUGUUGUAAAACCAGUCUGUAGCUCUGUAUUUUGCUUUCACUUAGUUGUAGCAUUUCUUAUAUUCAAAAUUCACUCUGAGUAAGUUAAAGUGCCUUGCUUAUCUGUCCUUGAGAUGGAGAACUGAUAAUUGCGCAAACUUCUACCUCUCAUGGAUGCCCCUUCAACUGAUAAUUAUCGAACCCUUUUUCUUUUUUAUCGAACCCUUUUUCAUUUUAUGAUAUAUUUUUUUUUAAAAGCAUCUGAUAGCUGAAAUGGUUUAUGGUUACACUUUGGACUUAUGCGUCAUUCUUUUCCUGAAAAUUAGUUGCUUUUAUUUUUGUAUGUGAAUAUACUGAAUAUGUUCAUUUGACUGUCUCCAUGCUGAUUUAAUUUUUUUCUCUCUGUUGCUUGUUCGUCAGAUAUCUGGUGAUGCUUCUGUGGUGAAGAAAGCUCUUUAUCAGAUUGCAUCUCGGCUUCAUGACAUUAUUCAUUUCUUUUUAUUGCAGCAUUUGUUUGUUUUUAUAGGUAUGGUUAGUUCUGCAAGCAUUUAUUAGAUUUUAUAUCUUCUUAUUUACAUCACUCUGAAAUACUGCCUCAGACAGUUAUGUAUAUUGCUAGUUAUUGUUAGAUAUGAACUCUUAAGCUUUGUUAUCUGCAGGAGAAUUCUCAGGUAUAUCUUGUGAAAAUUUUGUGGAGGUCACGUGUUAAUGGAGCUCAAGUAAUACUAUAUAUAUCUUUUGUAUGAUUGAGCUAUGUAAAUUCUGCAAAUUUAUAUUAGAUUACCGCCUGUUCAUUUACUUGUUCAGUCUUGAUACGAUUGGAAGUCUUGAUACGAUUGGAAUUAUCUACAGGAGAAUUCUCAGGGUUAAUGUUAUUGCCACUUCUUCUUUUGACGAGAAACCCAUUACUAUCAAGUUUACGAGGCGGGGGUAUGAAGACUGUGGAUAUAUAACAGAGUCGGAAAGGUUGACAGCAUACUUGGCGCCCGUGGCGAUGCUUUUGAGCAUGAGGCAACUAGAAGAAUGCGUAAUGAAUUUAUGGUAGCUUGGGAUGGCUUGAGGUCAAAAGACAACCAGAGAAUCAUAGCAGGUUGAUUAACUAGUUCUUGAAGACUUGGUGCUAGAAACAUUGUAUGAUAGAUUUUUGUUUUAGUUAUAAGGUAGUUGGUAUUUUCAAUUUUGAAUCGGAAUAUGCAAUGAUGAUGUAUACUUGAUAUUUGGUUAAUUUGGAUGAUAAUGUAUGAAUAUUUUGGAUGAU